AUGGCGGGACGGGCCGCGCCGCACGGCGGGAGCCCCCAGCGGCCGCUGGCGGCAGCGCCGCGCCGGGCCCGGGCGGGCACAGCCCGGCCCCGCAGGGACGCGGGAUCCCCUCAGCCGCCCGCGCCGGGGAGAAACGUGGAACGUUGGGCCACCCUGCAGAUUGAGGAAGGAGUAAAAAAGCAGAAGGCGCUGGCACUUGAAAAUUUAAUCUCCACUGGGAUCAUCCAGAGAGACGAAACCCCCAUGGAAGAGGAGAUUGCUGGCCGAUGCCAAGGGUGCUUCAGCCUUGCUGAUGUUAUGUACUUCUCCAAGAAGGGGUGUGAGGCAGUUGCAGAAGAUGAAGUCACUCGACGGUUCUCCUCUGAGGAGCUGGUGUCCUGGAACCUCCUCAGCAGAACCAAUGCCAACUUGCACCGUGUCAGCUGGCAACUCACUGUUGUGUGGGUCAUUGGGAUCCUAAUUCGGUAUUGUCUCCUGCUGCCUUUUCGCGUCUGCUUGUCUGUUUUCAGCAUCCUGUUGCUGGUGUUGGCCAGUAUGGUAGUAGGACAGUUUCCAAAUGGCAGAGUUAAAGGCUGGCUGAGCAACCAGGUUCAGAUGAUAUGUGCCACACUAGGUGUCCGAUGUCUGAGUGGUCUUGUUCAUUUUCACAACAGGGAAAACAGACCACAGCAAGGAGGCAUCUGUGUAGCCAACCACACAUCUCCAUUAGAUGUCCUAAUCCUGGUCAGCGAUGGAUGCUAUUCCUUGGUUGGCCAGGCACACGGAGGGCUUCUAGGACUCAUUCAAAAAUCUUGCAUGAGGACCGGUCAGCAUGUCGUAUUUGAACGUUCGGAAAUGAAAGACCGUCAUCUGGUGAGGAAAAAAAUUAGAGAACACAUUGCAGAUAAGGCCAAAUUACCCAUUUUAAUUUUCCCAGAAGGUACCUGCAUUAACAACACAUCAGUAAUGAUGUUUAAGAAGGGAAGCUUUGAGGUAGGAGGGACCAUCCAUCCAGUAGCAAUCAAGUAUGACCCCCGCUUUGGAGACGCCUUCUGGAACAGCACAAAGCAUUCUAUGAUGACCUAUACUUUCAAUCUGUUGACCAGCUGGGCUAUUGUCUGUAACGUAUGGUACCUGCCACCGAUGGUCCAAGAAGAAGAAGAAGAUGCUGUUCACUUUGCCAACAGAGUCAAGGCUGCCAUUGCUGCUCGGGGAGGAAUGUCUGUGCUUCCUUGGGAUGGGGGACUAAAAAGGAAAAAGGUGAAAGAGUCUUUCAAGGAAGAGCAACAGAAAAAAUAUUGCCAGAUAGUAAUAGAAAAUGGAUCUGUGGGAAACGGAAAUGCUUGUUAAACGGUAUUUAUUUUAUCUCAUUUUUCCAUGACUUAUCUCUACCAGAAAAUAGACUGGUUUUUAUAGGAAACCAAACAUGUUUUCCUUCUGUCUCUGUAAGAUAUUUUGCAUAUGACACAGCAGGGAAACCAUAAAGAGAUAUCCUUAUUUAAUGUAAAAGACUCUAAUUUUAUAAAUAGGAAAAUAUACAACUACUAGUAAAAUUCUCUCCGAUGUUGAGUGAGAAAAAUUGGCAAUAAAAUUACUUAGGCUUAUUAAAACACCAUUUAAAAACAUUUGCAAUACCUUGAGGACUUAAAUGGUUACCUGUUAGCUUCUAACAAAACAACUCUGUAGUCCUAGCCUGCUGUCUCAGUGACUUGGACUAGCAGUGUUUCUGUCGGCCACAGUAACCAUGUUGCUGUGGAGAGCUCCUCACAUCAGGAGACGUUAGGCAGUUCACCAAAACAUGUUUUCCAAACUGUAUGUUGGAGAGGAAGUGUUGAAUGUCAGAGGGGGAAAAAAAACACGUGCUGACUUUCCUCUCCGUGUCACAAGACCAGGGACAGCAAUGUAGAAAGUUUUCUAUUCUGACAAAGAGCACAACAGUGUCCAGGGCAGCAUGCCCCUGAUGCCUG